UAGACAGUACGUGUCAGCAGUGUGUCAGCCACAUGGCUUUAUUGUAGUGCGUGUUUUGACAGCAACAGACAGUGUGUAUGAGCGUGUAUGAGGAAUUAACCUUGAUGACAAGAGAGCGAAAAGGCACAAGGAUAAAAAAACUUCUUGGAUCUCAGUUCUUGCAUCAUUCUUCUAACUUUUUGACAUCAGCAGCAGUCUCGACUUCUGUCUGUGUGGUGGACUGCUUAUCCGGAAUCCAUCAGUCAUAUCUAUCAAUCAGGAUAUUCAUGUGAGCCAGGGUGCCGCAGACAGCUCGAUGGACAUGGACCGUUUGAACAGAAACACGACCGGGAGCGGGGCCCAUGCCCACCAGGUGUUAAAGAGCACUCCUCUGGAUUUGAUCCAGACUGGAAAGGGCCUGAAGUUCCAGGCUGAGCGCCCACAUCUUGUCAGCCUAGGUAGUGGACGUCUGAGUGUUGCCAUCACUCUGCUCCCCUUGCCUGAGGGUCGCACAACUGUUGGUCAUGGGCCCAUGGACAUCAACAUCCAAGGCCCUGGGGUAGAAGCUCAACAUUGCUACAUAGAAAAUAGGUCAGGGGUGAUCAUGCUACACCCCUGCGGGAACAUGUGUGCAGUUGAUGGACUCCAAGUGACACAACCCAUUCGGUUGUCCCAAGGUUGUAUGCUGUGUUUUGGUCAGUCGGCAUUUUUUCGCUUCAACCACCCUGAAGAGGCAAUAAGGAUGAAGAGUAUGAUGCCCUUGGCAGGCAGCGUCUCUACAGGGGACUACAGACAAUGUGGAGACACAGAGACCUUGGUCAAUGGGAACCAUCAAGCUAGUCCAGCACAGUCUUCCCAAGAAAUUGGUGAGCGAGUCCAGUCUGAGCACAGUGCAAUUGUAAGCUCGAUUGAAAAAGACCUCCAGGACAUCAUGGACUCAUUGGCCAUGGAUGACCCUGAACCUUGCUCCUCUGAAGACAAAAAGCCCCCUGGAGCCCAACCAGUUACUAAUUCACCCUUGUUACCCAUGGUCAAUGGUGGGGGCAGGUAUUUGCUGUCACCUCCUACAAGUCCUGGGGCCAUGUCUAUGGGAUCCAGCUAUGACAAUACAUCUCCACCCUUUUCCCCUCUGUCUUCUCCUUCAGCAGCCAGCAGCGGUAGCAUUACUAGCCCUUCUCCUGGUGGAGCACCCCAGGACAUUUCUUCUCUGCCUCCAGUGCCUGCACGCUCCUCUAGUUACAACUUCACCAGCCAUUCACAACUUGUCACACAACCACGGACCACCCUACCUAAUUUUAAUGCUAGUGGCAUGGGUCAGAAGAUUCAAGAAAGCCCCAGGCUACAAAGAAAGAUUUUAGGGGAGGCUCCUUCGAGUCCUAAACCUAGUCACAGAGGAGUAUGCCAAGAUGGUUCAGAGAGUCUCGGCCUGACCGCUCCUUUGUCUUCAAAUGAAUCGCUCAGUAGCAGAAAUACAUUGCCAAACACCCCUGGCUUUAAUUCCAAGUUUCCAACAUGCCCUUCCUUAUCUGCUAGUACGAGGACCAAGACAACCACAGUACUACAUGAGAGGCCUGCUAGCCCCUUCAGAGAGCAGACAUGCUUAACCGAUCGCUCCAUCACAUCAAGCCCAUCUAGGCAACUUUCCCAACCGUCUAAACCUUUUCAGCCUCCUCUCGAUCCAAUUGUCCAUAUUAUCCAAGGCUCGCCAUGCCAGCAGCCACCAGAGAGCCCUCGCAUGGCCAGGCGAAACUUUGAACUGAAUGGUGUAGGAGGUAAUGUGAGAGAACUUCCACCUCUGAGUCCCUCCUUUGCUCGUAGAGGUGUCCCAGUUCUCCCAGGGGCACUCCCAGGAACGGUACCAAUCCUGAAGACACCUGAUAGCCCAUCCGGACUAGGCGUGCUAGUAUCAGAGAGUCCAAGGCUUCAUCGGAAGACCGGAACCACACCUACGGAGCUGACUAGCAGCUGGGGAAUGCGAGCUCGUAGUCCUUCACCUACAUCUCUGAUGAUGGAAAGUGGAACAGGAAUACGAAAAGCCAGCUUUGGGAAUUCUCUUUCAUCUGCAUACAGUCUUGGUUCUUUGCCUGGCUCAUCUCCCGUGUCCAGCCCUAGAAGCAACAGGAAGAUAACAGGUCGGCCGGGGAUGAGGGAGAGGAAGAACAGCAUAUCAGAAAUCAGCGACAAUGAAGAUGACCUUUUGGAAUAUCACCGACGACAGAGGGAAGAGCGACUUCGAGAGCAGGAAAUGGAGAGACUGGAGAGACAGCGCCUGGAGACAAUCCUAAAUCUUUGUGCUGAGUACAACAAAGGAGAGAGCAUCAGCCCAGACCCAGUCACUUUUGGGACAACAGGUUUCCCAGGGGGGGUUUCAGAUGGCUCUGUGCCGGGCUCAUCCAUUGAGAGCAUCCUAGGAGGAACGCCGACUUCGGCCUCUUUGCGUCUGGCACAGAGACAGAGGGAGAGCGAUGAGGAGAACCUAAAGGAGGAAUGCAGUAGUACUGAGAGCACUCAUCAGGAGGUGAGGACAUUUCCAGCUCCAUGCACAGCAUCAGCACUGCUAAAUGGAGACAAACAGCAUGAGGAUGCGACCAGUUCAGAUCGAAUAGAGCUGGGCUACCUUGAGGAAGAGAGAGUGCGUGUCUUGUCACGGCUUGAUGAACUCAAGACACGACUGACGGAACUGGAGCAACAGUACCAAGAGUCCAAACAAGAGGCUGAAAUGGAACGUGCCUUACUGCAGGGAGAGAGGCAGGCAGAACUCGACCAGAUCGAGGCAGAGACAGACAUCAUCAGCCAGCUACAGCGCAAGCUAGAUGAGCUAGAGAGUGCCAUUCAGCAAGAGAAAGACAAGGAGAGGGCUAAUGUUGAGGCCGAACGCCGGGCCUUGCAGAGACUCCAGGAGGGCCAUGCUGAGCUGAAGAACCAGCUGUAUAACUGUCCUGAGUCUCUACGCGAACAAUUGCAGGAACAGUUCAAAAGGGACGGAGAAGCUCUGGAAGCAGGAACCAAAAAGUUUGAAGAUCUGGAGUUCCAACAACUUGAGAGAGAAAGCAGCCUCGAGGAGGAAAGAGAAACAAUGAGCCAGCAGUUGCUGCAGGAAAGAGCAGAAUACCACAGCACUGUGGCCAAAAGAAAGGAAAAAGUGUCCGCUCUGGAGAACCAGGCCAACCAGCUGGGCCUCCAGGCAUCUCAGGAAUGUGAGCGUCUUGCCAAAGACAGGACCAUCACUCUGCAAAUGCUCCAAAAGGAAAAGGAGAGUCUAUCUGCUCUGGAACAGAGAUACCACAGCUUAACUGGAGGGAAAAGUUUUCCUAACUCCUCUACAGCGAUGCGAGAAGAAUAUGUAACAGUGAACCAGUUGAGUCAAAUGUAUGGAAUGCCAAAGGUGGAGUCGUCCCCCACCUCUCCACUACGCCAUCCCCUGCAGUCUGGAGCUGUAGCUAGCGCCUUCUCCUGCUCCCCUUCUUCUCCGGGCUCCUCCUUGUCUUUCCCUGUGGAGUCUGAAAGCAGCAGGUCUCCAUUGCUCAAACUAGAUUUAGAACAAUGGUACCAGGAGCUGUUGGCAGGUUCCAGCCAGCUCUGGUCUCCCCCUCUGCCAGCCAAGUCAUUAUCAGGCCGCAGGCCCACUCUGCAGGUGUUCCGCUCCAAGCUAGACAGUGAAGCAGGACAGUCCCCUCAUUUAGCCAAAUCUGGAUCUUCUCCGCAGCAGGGCGCAGCAACAUUGGGGCGCAACACAAGCUCUAAGAGCCCUCUUCUAACCCCUAAAAGCUCAAGCAGCCUGCCCAGAAACCUGGCUGCCACCCUGCAGAGCAUUGAAACUAAGAGACAGCUUGCGCUGCAGCAGAAAGAACCUCAGAUGUCGAGUCAGCCACCCACAGAGGGAAGAUCAGCAGGUCAACAGGUAAUUGAAGAGCAGCGACGUCGUCUGGCUGAGCUUAAGCAGAGAGCAGCAGCAGAGGCUCAGUGUCAGUGGGAGGCGCUCCAUGGCUCGCAGCCCAACCUCAUCACCUCAAUGCCAUCCUACCCCCCGGUAAUGUCCUACAGUCCUGCACUCAGUCACAGGUCUGCAGGCCCCCCUCCUUUGGUCCAGCACUCCAUUCUACAUCACAAUCCAGCAUCAGCCAGUGAGCGGCCUUAUGACACGCUGAGCCUGGAGAGUUCUGACAGCAUGGACACCAGUGUGUCCACAGGAAACAACUCUGCUUGCUCGCCAGAUAAUCUGUCAAGUGUUGGAGGAGCGGACGUGCUGAAGAUUGAAGAGAUGGAGAAAAUGUUGAAGGAGGCACAGAUGGAGAAAGCCAGACUUAUUGAGUUUCGGGAACAGGAGAGCUCCGUUCGCCAUCAGAUGCUGGAGGAAGAGCGUAAAAGGAGGGAAGAAGCAGAGAAAAGACUACAGGAAGAAACCCUGCACCGACAGCAGCUGGUGGAGAAGGAGGUUAAGUUGAGAGCCAAGAACUUCUCGCAGGCCCGUCCCAUGACGCGCUACCUGCCAAUUAGGAAAGAGGAAUUUGACCUUCGUGCACACAUUGAGACAUCAGGCCACAGCGUGGACACCUGUUACCACAUCAUCCUCACUGAGAAGAUGUGUAAGGGCUAUUUGGUCAAGAUGGGAGGCAAGAUCAAGUCAUGGAAGAAACGCUGGUUUGUCUUCGAUCGCAUGAAAAGGACUUUCUCGUACUACGUCGACAAACAUGAGACCAAGCUGAAAGGCGUGAUAUACUUCCAAGCUAUCGAAGAGGUUUAUUAUGACCACCUCCGCAGCGCCACUAAGAGGGGCUUUUUCAACUUGAAUCUGACUAGUAGCCCAAACCCCGCCUUAACGUUUUGCGUAAAGACCCACGACCGCCUCUACUACAUGGUGGCACCCUCGGCAGAAGCCAUGAGGAUCUGGAUGGACGCCAUUGUCACGGGUGCUGAGGGCUACACUCAGUUCCUCAACUGACCACGCAAGCGAUGACAAGCUAAAUUUCGGCAGGGACUCUAAAGACACUCCCAACUACUAGUCCAUAGCUUAGUUAUUUUCGUUGUUGUUGUUGUUGUUGUUUUUUUUUUUUUCUCAAAAUCACACCCGUCACUGUGUCUUCACCGCCACUCAUUGAAAAAAGGGAGCUCCAAGAGUAAACACAGACACACACACUUCUGUAUAUAAAACAAAAAUGUAAACCUUUGAGACUAUUGAAAGCCUUUCUAUAUUGCCAAAUGGAGAUCUUUUGUACUACAUUUUUUUACUUUGUUGAAAGAAUUGCCAAAUGUCAAAAAGCUAGAGUAUUUGUUUGAGCUGUGAAAAGCUAAGUGUAAAUGUACACUUGUAUUAACAACAGCAGCAAAUCUCUGCAUCCUCCUCCUUACUUUGUGUAGUACCGGUAUGUGCUGCUCUAUUUACCAAUGAGCUUGACUUUGAAGACUCACUCCAAAUCUCUCCUAGCAUUGACAAAUGUUAAAACACAGAUGCACUAUUUGGAGCCAUUGUGGUUCAGAAUUUAAUCCGGUAGCGCAGAUUUGCUCAAUAUGGACACUCAUUUGACCCUUUCAAACUUGUGAUGACAGUGAGUAUGUUGUGUAUUUAGAUUAGAUGACUGUUAAAGCCACAGUGCUGACGUGAUUCAACUAUUUAAAAAUCCAAGUUAUUUUCUUUCAUAAUUCCAGUUGGCUAUUUGUUUAGCAUUAUUGAUGCUGACCUUUUAGCAUGUCUUAGGGUCACUUACGAUCACGGUCUGUAUAAUGCCUCAAAUUUAUCCCCAAGACAAGUUUUGUCUCAUCUUGGGAUCAGCGAAAAUACUGGAUUUUUUUCCCCCAUGCUUCCAGUCUUAUUGCUUAACAUUACAACACUAAUAACAUUUGUUUAAUUCGCUGUGCACUUUAGUACCGCUGAGCUUUGGUCAAAUCCCACUGUGAUAAGUGUACACUAAAUAUUGAGACAAGUAGUAGCCUGUUCCCCAUCGCAUUAUGUCUGCUCUAAUUAUCUACCCCCCCCCCCCAAGUAAGGUGUCUGCAUAUAAAAUAUAACGAUACAAAAAUAAAGACACCUCGCAAACCUGCCUAACGUACAGCCCCUCUACUAAUGAACAGCAACGUGCAGCUGUGAAAUGUCAUGUUGCCAUUGUGUGAACACAAAACCGCACCCACUUUUUUUUUUCAUAUAUUAGACUUGCAAGCCUUUAGCUAACUUAACAUUACACAGCUUGUAAGCGAUCAGCCUCACACAAAAAAAAAAGCAAAAGAGAAACCACACCACAGCUAGUAGAGAGCGGUAAUACCAAAUAAAGCAAAUCAAACAUAAUUCAAAAAUGUUUUUGUUUUUAAACAGUGUAAUAAAAUAACAAUGAACAAAAAUAUAUUCAUCGUCAGGGUCAUAUUAUGUGUUAACCAAACUAACAUUCAUAACCUACUCUUUGUCUUUGCAUAAUGCGCGACAUACUCAGUCAUCUCCCAUGCAGCACAAUGCAUUGCAACACUACUUCAAUUCCCACUGUGAUUCGAAUAUACACAAGGGUGACUUAAAUGUUGGUCAUGUGUUGAUCAUGAAUUUGUGAGUCUCCAGUUGUGCCAUGAAUGUUUAGGUUUAUAACAAGCAGAGGAAGAGGAUCUGGAACUGUGUGUAGUUGAGUUGUAUGGGCAUGAUCAUUUAAGGUUGUUGUGCCUCAGAUAGUGAUGUUUUACCUCCUACAAAUAUUUUUAAAGACCUUAAUAUAUUAUGCCUUUAAUGCAUACUUGAUGUGUGCAAACCAAAUUUGACAUUGGCAAGUCUGUUAAAGCCUGUCUGUUGAUAUACUAUAUUGAUAUAUAUGUUAAAAAGAAAGAAUAUUAAUACUGUAUAAAGAAGGUGCCAAGAUGGAGGUAUAUUAUUGAAAUGAAACACUAUGAUACAAGACCAUUUUAAUGUUAAUUUUAUUUCAUGAUUGUUACAUUUCAAAUCAAAUGUUCAAAUUUCCAAUAUGGUACUGUAGUGAUGAAGGUGAUCUACUUACAAAAAAAAAAAGGUACAGCACCACCCUGAACAAACAUACACCACACUCACAAAGCACUCUUUUUUUUUUUUUUUUUUUUUUACCAAUUGUGUUUUACAGUUAUUGGUACCGUGUAUGUAUCAUUCUCCACUUUUGAGUUAAAACAAGGAUUUGUCAAUCCUAUUAAAAACUGUUACAGAACACAGUGUGAUUUUCUUGGUUCCAGUGCAUUAAAAGUGAUAAGAGGUCUCUGGUGUUGAGGUGAGGCAGUGAACCCUAAUGCGUCAGUUUAGAAUUGUCAAACAAAGAUCCACACAGAAAAGGAAAGAACAUCAUUUGCAAUCACAGGAGUCCCUUCAAAUCAAAACACCCCACACGACUUUAGUUGAUGAACACCUACAGUAAUCUCCCAGAUAUAAAUCUGAGUUGUCGUCUCUGUUCAUUUCAACCUUGUUGAAACAAUCACCUGCAAAGCAAACAAAAUUUUUAGUCUUUUGCUUCAGGGUUUCAAAUUCAACAUAUAAAGGCAAAUCCAUGUGACUUACUCCUCACAAGGUGAUGUGUACUCUGUCACGGCUACAUCACCUGGGAAAAAGAAUAAAUUGUUGGAUUACAUGUAACGAUAAGGUGACGGUUUUUGAUAGCGGCAAUUUUAAACUACAUUCACGCUAGUGUUAGAUUUGAAAAAUGUCAGGCUAGGAACAACAGAUGAGGGUCUUACUCGUCUGGUAGUAGUCGUAGACUUUGACCGCAGCUGCUUUCAGGUUACUGACAGACAUCUCCUGCUCCAGUGUCAUGCUGUAAGUCACCAACUCAUCUCUCCUCAGCUGCAGACACAAACCACACCCCACUCAAGUCAUAUUUCCACCAAAUAAAUGUGGUCCAGCUCGCUGUAGUACUCCCAUCUCUAAUCAGGUAUGUGUUUCUACUUUGCGCUGUCUAAGCAGCAGGGUGACAAAUUCAUCCUCGACCUGAGUUUUUUUUUAAUUGCCAUUGCAAAGCUUCAAACAGGAUGUUCAGAGAGGGCAGUGGCCACUGAGCUUGGAGUUUCACAGAGUGUCAUCAGCAGGUUGGCAUAAAAGUGGACAUCAUUGUAAAUUUGCACGGAUCAAACGGAAAUUUUGCCAUCCGGCUUCUUGAUCGGUAACAGCAAGACCUGCAAAAAGUACUGAAAUGGUUGUACGUGUGCAUUGAAAAGCAUGAUAGGGCCUAAAUGUGCUAUCCUGGUAAGGUUUGCACAUUUUUGCUUCAUCCUAUUUUUUUUUCUUACCUGUCCUGUUCAAAUGCCUGAACAUGCAGAAUAAUAAAUUUGGGUGUUUUCAAAUGCUGAAUUUUUUUUAAUGUGCCACAGGGGAGUCUGGUAUCCUCCCUUUGUGAUUGUUUCGAUUGUGUUGUUUAUUCGAAAAUGUAGAUGGACAGAAGAGGGUUUAAGAGUAGAGAGAGAAAAGGACAAACAGGAAACAGAACUACAAAAACAUUAAAUAUACAGUAUAUGACUACCUUUACGGAGCGGACAUCAUGUGUGCAGGGGACACAACUAAUAACCAAAAGGAUAGGAAGAGGGAAAAUAGGAUAGAUUAAGGCAUGAUAGGUUAGAGUUAGUGCACAAGCAAAUUGCUUUUGGACUUGACCUGGAAUUUUAUUAAACCACUUAUUUGUGAUUACUGCCUUCUGCUUUUAGUUUAAAAAAAAAAAAAAAGAAAUUUCAUACCCCAUCCAGGUAGAUAUUGAUAUAACCUUCCUCCACUUCCACGCGCUUCACUGUGCGGUCCUCUCUUAACUAAAAAAAUCACAAAGUAAACCGGUAUUACUGCCUAGCUCAAACUGACAAAAAGAAAUAUUCGAGGGGAAAAGAAAAAAAUGAACUUACCGACUCCAAAGAGCUCUUCCCCAAAAUGUAUCCAGACAGGAGUUUGAUGUUUAUGAUGGCCAUGUUGGUCUCCUCUCUCCUGCCCUGGUAUCUGCAAACAAAAAUAAAACAUAUUACAUCAAUCACAUGAGAGACAAGCGAAACUAAUUGGUGUCAUUAUGCUUUGGAGAUUUUACGUCCACAAUGUAUUAACUUAUUUACAGUUAUUCGACAGUAGUAAGCUGCACUGACA